AUGGAGAACAGCACGGCUGAUGACCAGAAUCAAACGGGAUUCCUGCCAAGCCGGGAGACAGUUGCCAUUGAAUAUCAAGUGGUCACCAUCUUUUUGGUCCUUCUGAUCUGUGGGUUGGGCAUUGUAGGCAACAUAAUGGUGGUGCUGGUGGUACUCAGGACAAAGCACAUGAGGACCCCCACAAAUUGUUAUCUGGUGAGCCUGGCGAUAGCUGACUUUAUGGUACUUGUGGCUGCAGGACUCCCUAACAUCACAGAGAGCAUUUAUGGAUCCUGGGUCUAUGGCUAUAUCGGAUGUCUCUGCAUUACUUACCUCCAGUACCUUGGCAUCAAUGCUUCUUCUUGCUCUAUAACUGCCUUCACUGUUGAGAGGUACAUAGCCAUUUGCCACCCAAUCAAAGCCCAGUUUUUGUGCACUUUCUCUAGAGCCAAAAAGAUCAUUAUUUUUGUCUGGGCAUUUACCUCCAUUUACUGCCUGCUCUGGUUUUUCUUGCUAGAUAUCAACACGGUAGCCUACAAAGAUACCACGGUGGUGUCCUGUGGGUAUAAGGUGCCUAGGAGCUACUAUUCUCCCAUUUACAUGAUGGACUUUGGAAUAUUUUAUGUCAUGCCCAUGAUAUUAGCAACCAUCCUGUAUGGGUUGAUUGCCAGGAUCUUGUUCCUGAAUCCCAUUCCUUCAGACCCUAAAGAAAACUCAAAGACCUGGAAGAAUGAUUUGGAUCCUCCAAACAAGACCAAAGGCACCAACAAGGGCAUCAAUAGCGCAGUGGCUUCUAGAAGGCAGGUCACCAAGAUGCUGGCUGUGGUCGUCAUUUUGUUUGCAUUUUUGUGGAUGCCUUACAGGACCCUGGUGGUCAUCAACUCUUUUCUGUCUAACCCUUUCCAAGAAAAUUGGUUCUUGCUGUUCUGCCGAAUCUGCAUUUACCUAAAUAGCGCCAUCAACCCUGUGAUUUACAACCUCAUGUCCCAGAAAUUCCGAGCAGCCUUCAGGAAACUCUGCAAAUGCCAACAGAAACAAUUGGAAAAGCCCACCAACUACAGUGUUGCCCUCAACUACAGUGUCAUCAAGGAGUCCGAUCAUUUCAACACUGAACUGGAGGAUAUCACCAUCACGGAUGCUUAUCUGUCCUCUGCAAAAGUGUCUUUUGAUGAUACCUGUGCAUCUUCUGAGGUGAUGUAA